AUGAGGGCAAAAGAUGUGCAUGAAUUUCUGGGGCUACCAUUUGACGGAGAAGAGAUUAAAGUAGUUGUGAAUAAUGAAGAUGAAGUGUUCAAGCAGUGGAGGAUUGUGUAUGGCAAUAUUCCAUACAAGAAGAUAGCAUCAUUGUUGACUGAGGAGAACCAAGAUGAAAAUUUUGAGGUGCUGUUUGUCAUGUAUGCAUUGGGAACAUUGUUAUGUCCUAAUGCAAGUAUUUGUGUGGGUGAUUAUUUGUUGAAGGUAAUACUAUCAACAAAGGAUAGAUUGGAUAAGUUUGAUUGGUCCUCUUAUGUGUUGCAUGAACUAUAUAAGGGGAUUGGAGUGUACAAGAAACAAUUGGAAAAAGGCAAGUUGACUGAGAAGAAGAAGAAUGUGCCAGGUUGUCUAUACUUCCUAAUGUUAUAUUGUCUACAAAAUUUUCCAUUGGGAGAAACAAAAGCUGCACAUGUAAAGGAUGCUGUUGCAUAUUGGGAUGAAAAGAAAGUGCAGCAAAGAGUUAAGGAGGAGAAGGAAAGCAAUCGAGGACUCUUGCAUCCGGCAAAGCAAUCCACCAAAUUUGAUCCUGAAAAUUUAACUCACCCGGAGAUCAAAAAGACAUAUACUCGAUUAGUGUCUAUGCUGGGGGAGGAAAUGAUGGCCCUUCAGUCAAGACUAAUGGAGGGUAGUGGCAAUGUAAGUGAAGAGGACAAAGAUGAGGCAGAAGAAUCUGAAGCAGAAGAGGAAAAAGUUGAGAAAGAAGUGAUUCAGAGGAUGAGGAAGAAGAUGACAGAAAUGAAGAAGAAGAAUCUGAAUCACAAGAUGAUAGAAUGA